AUGACAGCAGUAAAAGCUCUCUCAGUCGAGCCAUAUCCUCUUGGCUGGACUCAUAUGAGAGAACAUUGGUGGCAAUUUAUAUUCAUUGGAGUGUUGCUUUUUACAGUCAUCGUUGGCUCUGUGUCAAUCGUAUAUUCUGGAAUAAAAAGACUUAUCAAAUACUACAAGUCGAGGCCGCCACCAGACAAUUUGCCUUUGAGUGUAUCCCAGCGUCUUAUCAAGCUAGCCAACCGAGAACUCAACUUGGUCGACAGACCUCCAUACAAGAAAAAGCCCGCGAGCUUCGGAGUCUACCUGGGAAGCUUUGAAAACCCACCUACUGUCUCGCAAGAAAGACUUCUGCAAGAAUGGGAUGUCUUGGUCGUGGAUCCCUUCCAGGAAGGUGUCGCCAAGGCUAUCUCUAGACACCAGCGCAGUCAAGUACUAGGACGUGUUGAUCUCGGAAAGAUCCUUCCCCCAAAGGCAUCGGCCUUGGCUGUCAUUGAAAAGGUCGAGGAAUUGCUCGCAAGCGGCUUUCAUGAUACUACAUUUUCCGGUGUUCUCCUCGCAAAUUGGGAAGAUGUCCUCCGUCCUACCGCUCGGAGAAAGCUUCUCGAGACCAUAAGCAGCCUCGGUCUGACAGUUUAUCUCGAAUCGGAGCCACCACAUUUCUUGAAAGAUCGAAAGGCUGUGCAGAGUGAUGCCGUGGCGGGUUUAGUCAUUCGAAAUGCCAGCAUCAUGCCUCAAGGCGAGAAGCGGGAUUACUUCCAAAUGACCGAACUACAAGCAACAAUCAAAGCGUUUGUUUCUGAGUCUUGCAUGAGAGACUUCGUGGUAAUGGCCUGGGAGACCAUUGACGACAACGUCACUGUCCCCAAUGCCAUAGUCCGCAGGUCUAUCCAAUGGUGCAGUUUUUACAGCGCAAUUACCUGGAUCGGCUCUGAAGCCGCUCUUCACGAUGCGGACCUUAACGCCACCACACUCGAGCCUCUUCCCGCUUUUGGUUGGUUGAAAGAAGCAGAAAUGAUGAAGGCCCACGACACCUGGCGUGCCAACCUCAACAUAUUGCCUUCCCCAGAUAACAAGGCUGGCUGGGAUAUUCUCAAGCCACUUUUCCCUGCUAUUGAUGCUCUAUUAGGUUCAUCGAAUUACGAUUCCACGGCUCCUGAUAGCCCGGCGGCUCAACUGCGUGAUCCUCCGGAAUGGGUUGCCCAGGUCAAGUCAGAGGGUAGUCCUCUCUCUAUAUCCAUGUCGGGGAUGGCUUACAAUUCGCUUGGUUGUUUUCCUCUUGGUUCAGACUCGACUCCACUGGCCUUUGCGGAAAUCGUCCAAUCUCAACAACGUCUCAAGUCUCUAAACCUUCUUCAUCCCGUCCCAACCACCAAGAUCCAAAGCAUUGGACUUCUUCUGCGUCAAUUCCAUGACUCUCUGGAUAUCUCCGAAAAUGACGAUCAUUUGGCCAACACAAUCAAGGAGCUUGCUAAUUGGGCAUGCAACGACCUGUUGCACGUAAAUCUUUGUCUCGACUCUGGUUUGCGCAAGAGCUCUGAUCUCCGCUUUUGGGCCGUUUUUGAUAUGGAACGUGAUGGUAUCGAAAUUUAUGUGUCCAAGAAUGCGCAAGGCCUGGCUGGAACUAUUCUCCACACCUUCCUGUCAGCAAAGGGAUUUUCCCGGCAUGUUUGUUUCGAGGCUGAGGCUAACUUCGCGACUUGGUCUCGGGAUGUUUCCCAUGAUACUGGCCUCCCCCGACGGCUGAUUCAAGAUAUCGAUGUUCUCAGCCCCGAAGAGCGCCUUCUUCUCUUGCAGCACCUCUAUCUGACCGACUCUCAUAGCGAGCUAUCCGAAGCCAUCUGCGCCUACAUUCGCAAGCAACUAGUGGAUGCCCCUUCCUUUGCUCAAUUGAAAACACUAAAUACGGUUGGGUAUCUUGAGAAAUCUACCUCCCCCGAAGAUCUGAUCAGCUCUCGUAUCAACUGGUAUCGGGAUCAAGGGUGCAAAUACCCGUCUCACGAUGUCUGUCUAGAUCUUUUCCAUCAGGCCGACAGUGUACUCUCUGAUGUUUUGAGGUAUCGCCGCGAGCAUGACCUCGCUGUCAUUACCACUGGUCUCUGUGCGCUUCUUCAAGGUGGCUCCGUUGACACAUAUGUGGAUAUGAUGGCACUUGCUCUUUUCUGUGCCGCAAGGCAGGGAGCCUUCGAUGAGAUUUACGCAGAGGUUACCGAUCGGAACCCCCUCUUCAACAACCAUACCGAUCAGGCUGCCGCUUUUGCAGAGUCGUUUGCGCUUGGGUCACGAUGUGAAGCUUACUUCGAUGUGUCUCCCAGCGUUUUUGGCAAGCUGCUAUCCGAUCGGUUCAGAGCGUACUAUGGAGAUAAUCAGCCGCCCAACUGGGUGAACGGUGCUCCGGAACUCGCUACAUCCUACGCCGGUGCUCAGAUUGAUGUCAACCCUGAUGAGCAGCCUAAAUCUAUGCCUGGAUACCAGCGAUUCACAUUUUUGAGUGUCUUUGCCAUUCCGGCUUUGAUUGAUAUCAUCAUGCUUACACUGAUUGGUCGUGGACUCUAUCUUUCUGCUGCCAUGUCUUACGAUGAACAGGACAGUGCAACCAUGGCGCUGAUGAUUUCUCUGCUGCUUUCUGGUGCAAUUGGUACAUGGAUUGCAUGCGGUGGUCCCUACUACCUCAUUUCGAUGGCCUUCGCAGCAGCGAACAUGUUCGUUCUUAUUCGCCUAAUCGCUGGUAUUGCAUUCACUGUGGCCGGUGGCUUGAUCGGUUUUGUGGCUAUCUCAGGCGUUCGAGGCCCUCGUGCUGGUAUCAUUUUCUACCUCUACCUAAUCGCUCUGACAAUCUACUUCUCGACUUUCGCCUCACUUGCAAGCUUCAGCUAUCCCGGCUCGAGCUUUUUGUCUGGUCGUAAGCCAAUCAUCUUGUGCAUCCCCAUCCUCUUCAUAUCGCCGAUCAUCACGGUCUGGACUGGCCACGACUCGGCUGUUUAUCUCGCUGUUAUCUAUCUCUUCAUUGGUGUACUCUUGCUUUGCCUUCGUUCAGUUACCUCAAAAUGGGUCACUUGGUACCAAUCCGUGCGACGCACCGAUGAUACUGAGAUCCGCAAGUGGUAUAUUACUGCCUAUGGAAACGAUGACGAGAAAGUGUUCGCGAACAUGAGCGACCCGGCUGCCCUCAAGCUGGCGAGAGAAGCCCUUUUCAAAGACGUGUUGGCUGAGACGAAGCGUGGCAUUUUUUCAAGAGCGACUAAAGAUAAAAUGGUUGUUGAGCUUGCCGGGGAUUGGGAGUCUACUAAUUUCCUUCUCGACUGGUACUGUCGCCAUGCAGAUGUUCCAAAGCCUAUUCCGUUCAGUUCUGGUUGGAAUAUUCAGACCAAGGUCGCACUUGACACCCUACGUAAUUCACAGAAAGGUCUUCGUCUGCACAACGCGUUCGUUCACUGGCGUCAGUCAAGCAAAGAGAUAGGAUGUGGUGUCCUCUACUUUAUUAUUGCUCUGCUCGACAAAUGGGCUCAAUUACUCAGUGGCAAUCGCAUGCUAGGUCUCACUGGCGAGCAGAAUGAUGCUAAUCGAAUGGCGGUUGGCUUUGCUCUUGUCUACUAUUUGAUUGGAGCUGUGCUCAUUGAUACCAAGGCCCAAGAGCUCCAUGAUGCUCUUGGUAAGAACGCCCCUAUUUCCGUCAAAUCUGCAAGGGACAUUCGGAUCGCACAGAAGAAAGAGGUGCAACUCCGGCGAAAGGUAUACUGGAAAGUCCUUUUUAGAUUCCUCUUGUGGCAUGUUUGGAGUCUUGCGCUUGCGACGGCUCUCAUUUGGACCUUUCAGGCAUCACGUGAAGGCAUGAUUGUUUUCUUCUCCUACGUUCUUGCCUACACUGGUUUGAUCUGGUACCAAUACACGAAGAUCUUCACUGGACCUCAUGCGCUGAAGCCCCUCCUCAUUGGCAUCUGUAUUGGAUUGCCAGUCGGUAUCGCGCUCAAGGUCUGUAAGCAGAAGUUCGCAUACUCGCAGAUUAUUGGACUUGGAUCUGCCACCUGGACAGUUGCCAUCCUCUCAAUGUGGAAUGCCAAAAUGGGUAUGCCAACUAAAGUAGACUCUUCGGUAGAGCUUGACCGCACCUUUCAUGCGUUCACAACGCCCUGGUCGGACCCCGAAUGGUCCCAGCAAGAGCUACAGACUUUCUUCGAGGGCUAUCUGCUGCUUCCUUCCGAUUCACGAUUUAGGCUAAAUCCUGGUGCCCAUCCUGGUGUCCAAAUCAAGAGUUCUAUGAUGUCUUGCAAAGAAGAACUCAGGAUCGAAGAGGCAUUCCCCUGCUCCAAAGAUAUUGUCAACACGGCGAUCGCAGCAUGGGAGAAGGGUGACAUUGUCAUUGAGCUUGUCUCUGCUGGCUCUCUCGGUCCCGGCAUUCGAGCUCUCAGUUGCAGUACCGGGAACCAGUUGACAUUGGCCAUCACCGUGGGAGGGCUCCUAGAUGAGCGUCUCGACAUUAGCGCAAACUGUCAGAUCAUUGCUGAAACCUUACUUCAUGCUGUCACGGAGCUCGUGAUGGGUGUGCCUCAUGAAUACGCGUCAUUAGCAGGAUCGAUUAUCUCCGGUGGAGUGACUCAUACACUGGCACGACAGCUUCGUGAGGAGGCCAACACAACUACGGUCGUAAGCUGGGCUAAGAAGGAACUCCUCCGACAGCUUUGUCUUGGUUUCGAGGCCGAUAUUCAUUGGGACAAGCUGCCAACUGAAAUUCGGGAUAUACUGCUGAAGCGAUGCUUGGGUCAACAAUGCAGCCUCUCCAGUAGCCAAAGCCAAUGGCUUCAGAAAAGACUUUGCACAUUCGACACUGAUGACCUCAAUAUUCAUGUUGCCCGUUGCAACCUUGGAGCAGCCACUGCAAUUAGCGUUCUCGAUUAUGCUCACUGGGGAACUGGAGAAACCGCUCUUCCCAAAGAGCCCGAGACUUCGAAGUACAUUUCCUACAUACCUCGGAAGCUUCCAAUUGGACUUUCGCUAGUUCGAUCACCAGCCAGCUACAUUUACCAUAAGCUGGGCACAAUAGUCAAGUUCUUUGUGGUGGCUUUGCUUGCAGACCCAGAAUUCCAGAGAGAGUUCAAUCACGUCACUCAGGACUUUCCGAGCGUUUUUCGUGUGCCGGUCGUCUUCUUAUUUAAUAUGAUCUGGGUGUAUUCCAAGAUAGUUCAAGACUUUUGCUUGUCUUUCUUCCUCUUCCACGGCCGCAAGAACGUCAAGCGGCUGUGGGAAGAUGCCAAAGGCAUGACGAUUCAUAUCAAGAAGAGCCGGAUCAUUAUCCAGAGUCUGGACGGCACCUUUACAGCCUUCAAGCACCACGAGGUUGAUGGUGGUUUCAAGAUGUACCAUUAUGCUGGUGAACAUAAGACCGAGCCCAAGGAUGUCAAAUCUUUGAAGUACGUCAGCACCUAUUCGGGUGAGAUGUGUCUCCUGGUCAAGCAGGAGUUCAAGGACGGGAAAGUGACGAACGAAUACCACUACGACUACAGAUCCCCGGUUAAGAAAGGCUUCAAACUUGGAAAAUCCUCGGCCCGCAUUCCACUGGGACGACGCUGCGUGUCAGGACCAAACCAUUUGCAAAGUGUCCAGUACAACCGCAAGGGUCUCAUCGAAUCUGGCUCCUACAUGAAGGAUGGCAAUCUUAUCCGCUUCAAAUACCAUUAUCGCAAGAACCCCCGUUUUGGCGAUGAACUGCUCCGAGCCGAGUUCGUUUUAUCCCACAUCAGUUGUACGGUGUCUUGGUGUGCGCCUCCGCGUCGCCACCCCGAAAAGGUUGAGCGCUGGAUUCCUCACUCCAAGGUCACCGAGGCCAGCUUUGUCCAAGGUCCCGAUGUCUAUGAAAGCCGUUGGCUUUAUGAUCACAAGUUCCAUCCCACCAUCUUCACCACUAUCAACGGGCAGAAGAUGCAAACUCCACCCAUGAUUGAGCACGAUUAUUUAAAUGUACUUUCCAAGCCGAAGUACACCAGCUUUGUUCAUGAUAAUCCCCUUUUCUACUGUGACAGUCUCCAGUCAAAUCUUCUUACUCGGACAUUGGGCCUCACGAAGAAGCGAUUUGUGGUUUCAACUUCUCGGGCUCGCUCCUUGAUGUGGAAGGCGUGGAAGGAUCGUGUUGAUUUCGAUGCAAUCAUUGUUCGCUGGUUGGAUGACCGCAUUCUGCGUAGAGAUAAAGUUCUUACCCCUUACUGGCGCAGCCGUGACUGGGGUAAUCUUGUAUCUGCAAAGAAGUAUGUGGAUCUUCGUGCCGAUGCGAUCAUGGCCAGUGCAGAUCUGGACGACAAUAUUUCCAGCUGGACCCCUCUCGCUGUGAAGCUCACCGAUCUGCUCAACUUUGGCCCUGGUGGUGAUGCUGUUGUUAACAUCCGCUCCAAGAACUUUGGCAAGGAUACAGACAAGACCCUCCAUGUUAUGGCAGCAGACAAUGGUACCUGGCCCAAUGAAGGUGGCGGUGUCUCUGCCUGUCGACGAGAUAUGAUCAACUCCCUGCGAACCAUCAAAUGGCACAUGAUUUGCGAGUCCGCCAACGAUUUUGGUGUCCCCAAGCAUCAGACUGAACAGAACAUCCAGUCUCUCAAACUCAUCCCGCUUUGGGGUAUGGACUUCCUCACUCCGACUCACGGUUUGUUCAACAACAAGCUGGAUGCUGAAGUGGACAAUGUUACAUCCGCGAGCGAGUUCGACAUCAAGAUGAACUUUCUUCCGAUUCUGACAGCUUUGGUUAAGGGUGCUCGUGCAGUUCAUCUCUCAAAGUCUGAUAUCCACCAGGCAACUCGAGCGCUUGUGAACCUGAACACAUACUUCCAGGAGUCUCGCCAUUGGACUCAGGUUUGGAACAGUGAAAUAGUCAAGCAGUGUUGGCGCGAGUUGUGGAUGACCCAGGAAAUGCCGAAUACUAUCCCGUCAUCUGACUGGUUUGACACUGAGCUUCCUACCUUGACAUCCCUCGAUGUCGCUUUGGAGCUAUGGUACCGCUACCUCUUCAUCUUCUCGAUCCCGGUCCCUGAAAAGAUUCCUUCAACCUUCCAAGCCUCGCAUCACAGCGUCAGUGCGUCUUACGGUGUUGUAUGCAAGAUCAAGCGCAACUGUACCUUGCAGAUUUGGGACCACGCCAUCAGUUGGCGUGAAACCAAUCUCUGCCUGUCGUCUGCCCUAUGCAAGCUCUCACCAUUUGUUCGAAAUGCUCUCCUUGGAUUGAUGCGAAUCACCUCUGUUUUGACCCUUCAUCACGCGGACAUCAUUCUUCCCUGUGCAGACUUCUUCAACCCCGGUUGGGAGGUCGAGAUCGGUACCUGCCAGGGCACAAUUGAACACCGAAACACUUUCCGCCGAAAGAUCGACCCUGUCGUUAACGGUAUUACUGACAUGCAGAAGUUUUCUCCGGUCAAGGAAAUCAAAUCUGAGCGUCCGACCGUGACCAUGUUGUCCCACGUUUGGUAUGCCAAGGACAUCAAGACUGCCCUUCUCGCUGCAGAUAUCAUCAUCAACCAGUGGAAGUUCGACGAGUACCAUCUGGACAUCUAUGGUGCCAUCGACAAGGCCCCGACUUACUCUACCGAGUGUCAAGAGAUUAUUGCAUCGAAGGGUCUUCGUGGCAAAGUCACACUCUGCGGAACUGCCGACCCCAUGAAGGUCCUAGAGAACACAUGGCUUUUCCUCAACUCAUCUCUAUCUGAAGGUCUCCCUCUCGCUCUAGGAGAGGCUGCUUUAACUGGGGCUCCUGUCGUCUGCACAGACGUCGGUGCUUCCCUCCGAGUACUCAGCGACCCAGAUGACUUCUCCCGCUUCAGUGCCGUCGUCGCACCAAACGACGCCCUCGCCCUAGCAAAGGCCCAAAUCGGCAUGCUCGCCAUGCUCGGCGAAUGGAGCAAGCACAGCGACGACACAUCACCCGCGCCAGUCCUGACCUCCUCCCCUACGCCUGAGGAAGUAGCAGCCAUCACCCGCCGUAUGUACGAGAAGAGUGAGCACCGUCGCAAACUCGGCAUGAUGACACGAAAGAUUGUUCAGAAGUCCUUCAGCGGAGACCGGUACCUUCGCGAGCACGAGCAAAUGUUAUGGAUUGGCAAGUCCGCUAAGAUGAUAGCCAGCCGCGCAGCUGGCGAUCCGAUCGAGCCGGCCGACGUGGCAGCCGCCAUGGAGACUGGCGUCGAUGAAGAGAUCAUUACCAUCCCACGCGGUGUGGUGCACUCCUGGCGCUCUUCUGCCCAGUCCGGUAUCUCCUCGAUCUACAGUUCCGCGUCCCACCUACCCGGUCGUGGCGACCAUCGCCGUCCCCAGUCUGAUAUCUCAGCUAUGAGCAUGAGCAAUGUCUCUACGGAUACGGAGUCCUUCUCUCGCCUGCCUGUCUUUGCGCCGAGGCAUUCCGCAAUUCCCAACGGCGGCUCUCCCGGUAAUAGGUCGCCGUCACCCAUGUGGGCCUCCAACCCUCGGUUGCCUGUGCCGAAUGCCGGUCGUCACACCCUCUCGCGUCCUCAAUCCUACUCGCGCUCCGUCUCAACCACCGGUCGAGAACAGCUGCGUGGCUUGCAGCGCGAAGACUUCCUCCCGUAUCGAAAUUCCGAUGUUAGUGUGAUCAACAGAGAUGACUUCAUUCGGGCUGGCGGGCUUUCUCCUGCUGGUUGA